GGGCUCACACUGAUCCAAGUUAGGGAGCUUUCAGCUGCCAGCCUUGGCCCAUCAUGUAAGUGCUGCGGAGAAUUCUUUGCAGUGCAAUUGCAAAAUUACCUCGCUUCCCGACGCCUGUGGGGGCUGUGCAAUUGUAAGAUCGCUCUUUGCACGGACACGCACGCUUCGGACGCAAAAAAGCUCCAAGUGCAUGAAGAUCGAGGCUUGUAUUUUGCAUCUUUGUUGCAAAGCAAGCCGCUGAAGCGCCAGUGCGAGGGCGAUGGAGGGAGGGAGUGAGAAAGAAGGCAAAGUCUUUUGUGCUUCCCCUCCCCCUCAUCAAAGCAAAGGGGAAAUGUCUCAGCCAAAGGGAGGUAAGAGGAAGCCGGUGCUCAAGCUCUCCAAGGAGGUGUUUGAGCAGCCUCCUCCCGCCGCAGUACCCCCCAGAGAUUUGGAUUCAAAAGCUUGUGUAACCAUCGGAGAGAAGAAUUUCGAAGUGAAGGCAGAUGACCUGGAACAGAUCGGCGAGCUCGGCCGUGGAGCGUACGGCGUUGUGGACAAGAUGAGGCACGUGCCCAGCGGCCUGAUCAUGGCUGUGAAGCGGAUUCGGGCCACAGUGAACACGCAGGAGCAGAAGAGGCUGCUCAUGGACCUGGACAUCUCCAUGAGGACGGUGGACUGUUUCUACACAGUCACUUUCUACGGAGCACUAUUCAGAGAGGGCGACGUCUGGAUCUGCAUGGAGCUGAUGGACACCUCCCUCGACAAGUUCUACAAGCAGGUGAUCGAGAAGGGCAUGGUCAUCCCCGAGGACAUCCUGGGAAAGAUCGCCGUCUCGAUAGUAAAAGCUUUGGAGCAUCUGCACAGCAAUCUGCAAGUCAUACACAGAGAUGUGAAGCCCUCCAACGUGCUGAUCAACACUCAGGGCCAGGUGAAGAUGUGCGACUUUGGCAUCAGCGGCUACCUGGUCGACUCCGUGGCUAAAACCAUGGACGCCGGCUGCAAACCCUACAUGGCGCCGGAGAGGAUCAACCCCGAGACGAACCAGAAGGGCUACAACGUCAAGUCUGACAUCUGGAGUUUAGGAAUCACAAUGAUCGAGCUCGCCAUCCUGCGCUUCCCGUACGACUCAUGGGGCACGCCCUUCCAGCAGCUGAAGCAGGUGGUGGAAGAACCUUCACCCCAGCUUCCUGCCGACAACUUCUCCCCAGAGUUUGUGGACUUCUCCUCUCUGUGCUUAAAGAAAGUUUCCAAAGAGCGGCCGACUUACACAGAACUCAUGCAACAUCCCUUCUUCACCUCCCAUGAGGCCAAAGAAACCGACGUGGCUAGCUUUGUGAAAGUCAUCUUGGGGGACUGAGUGGCUGAGAGGGAGGGGAGAUCCGUUAAAAAGGAAAGAAAUAUACAACAAACAAAAAGCACCAAUCGCAGCCCCCCCCCCCCCCCCCCUACACACACACACACACACACACCUGUCCCUCCAGAAACAGACAGACGGAGCCCAGAGGAGAAGCUGAGGAAGCAGGACGGGGGAGUUUGUCCCCACCCCCACCUGGCCUCCAUGUCCCCUGUAUAGUACCUGACAUGGGAGGGGUGGGGGAGACGGCUGCCUCACAAAUAAUCUGGAAUAAUUUAAGAUGUCUGUAUGCAAAAACUCCCUUUGGUUAGUCCAACCUCUGUGCGCCGCCUACUUCUCAAACAUGGUUUUCACUAGUCAGCGAGUUGACCGUGUGUGACGUGAAACCUGUCAUGAUGGUCAAACUCAAGGUGUUUUUUUUUUUUCUUUUUGCUGAAAGCCAGAAGUGAAAAGAGGUGCAGAUUAUAUAAACAGAUGAAUGAUGUAAUGCUAUAUAUGUGUAAUCUAAAUGUUUGUAUACUCAAAGCAAGUGUUGCAUCGGUUUAUUAAUUGAUUGCAUGUACAGAAUAUAUCACUGAGGUGAAAACGGGCUCAGAUGGCCAGAGAGGAACAGUUGUAGUCCUGCAUAUGUAGGGCCUCGCUUUAAGGCCCUCCUAGUGGUCAGAAAUAGGUACCGCACUUCAACUGCUUUCCCUUGAUCACAACAGAGGUCUACUACGCGUUUUGGGCUCUGGCUGCCUGUGAGUGUGUGUAAGUGCGUUUGUACUGUGUGUGUGAGCUGGUGCAUGAUAUGUGUGUGUUCGUAGGGCUGCACGAUUUUGGAUGAAAUGAGAAUUGCAAUUUUUGUGUUCAGAGACAAUGAUUUUCUCUCGUGAUUCUUAGGAUUUUUUCCUGUGCAGUCUCAUUGUGCCUGUGAGAGCUUUGUUCAGUUAUAGUGAUGCUCUGAAUGAACCUCCCGUUAUUUAUAUUUCACGUGGUCAGGCGGCAGGAUUAUCGGGUAGAUUUCGUGGCCUUGGUACCUUCGUUUUGUACUUAAUUGUAGUGUUUGGAUGCAGUAUGUACUUUGUCCGAACACUGCUUGACACAUGCAUGUGCUCACCUGAAACAGUUCCUCACAAAGGAACGUGAGGCUUUUUUUGUUUUUUUUUCAAAUGGUUAUAAAGUUUUUGUCUUGGUUGGGGACAUUAAUUUCUUUUUCUUUUUGUUUGUCUAUUGGAUUGUUGUUUGUCUGGCUUAUGUUGUCAGCAUGUUAGGGCCCGGUCAAACAGACAAUCGAAUCACAACCUCCUGCCUCCCAGUGGUUUGUGGCUCACAGGCAGGGGUUUUCCUGUAGUUUUCGUAGCCUUGGUACCAUAAAAUUGUAUUUUGUGUUUCAGAUGGGUAACUUUGGUUAGAUACAUUUAUUUAUUUUUUAUAUUCCUAGAUUCUAACAAUAAUAAAUAUUCAUCUGUGUUUGUCCAGGGCCAUUAUGGUCACUGUACAACGAAUGUGGCAACAAAUAUCCACAUCCACCACUGCAGACCCCAGCGUGGUAUAAACAGAACUGCGUGUUGUCCCUUUAGGACUCGAUCACACCAGCAUUUCAGACAUUGAGAUUUUCACAGCAAUCAGUAGAUUUGCCUGCAGUGUUCAACCCUGUUGAACUUUGAUUUGAUUUGUGCCGUAGACCAACAUGCAAACUGUCUUGACCGUCAAAGCCACCACAUAUUUGGUGAGCAAAUUAAUUGUGGCGUGACCAGGCCAACAUGUUAUCUGGCAACGUCCGAAGACAAAAGUGUUUAUAGCUGUCUCAAACAGCCACGCUUGAAGGCAAGAAGGCGAAUUGCUUGGCUGAAUUGCUAAUGGCAUACGCUUACGGACAGUGUCUCCUCAAAGGCAUUAAAAAAUGCUACACUCGUUCACAUGAAUGGUGGAGGGAGUAUUUGUGAAGAAUGAAAAGAGAGUCCUGGCCUAUGACAGAGUGAAGUGGGUGUGAUUGUUGGAUUUUCUCUUUCGGGAAGUCACAGAUGCAGUCGCAGAUUUACUCAUCUGUCUGGACAUUACUUUUGAUUGACUUUGUGUUUCACAGAAAGUCCAUCAUGUGGAAAAAUUAGAAGCGCUUAGUUUGAUGCAGCAGGCCGCCCUGCAAAUACACAAGUGUAAUGAGAUUGCACAGAGGUAUGAGGCGAAAAUGGCAAUUUAAAUCCGCUCAAUCCUGCAGCCUUACUUGACACAAACCUUUUUAAGUGAGGUAUGUUUUGACAUUAUGGUCAGUUGUGGGAGAAGAUUGCCCAUAUUCUCCUAGUUGUCUAUACUGAGCCAAUCACAACCCUCUCCACUCCAUGUUCAACAUGAAAAGAACUGGAUAUUAUUACUAUUAUUAUUACUAUUAUUAUAUUAAUUAUUGUUAUUAUUUAGAUCCAGGGUUUUUUCCCCAGACAUAUUUACUGCAGUUUUUCUUAUUUAUUAUAACUGCUGUUUUCCCUCUGAAAACUUGAGCGAUGCAUUAGAGACUUUUCUUGUGUGUGGGCUGUGGAUGUUUUUUGUCGUGUUCUUCUUGGCUCAAACACGUAAAUGCUUUUGAACUGUAACUUGCAAGCCUUCUGUGUGCCUCUCUAUAGAAAAACAACUAAGGAUAAUAAGAUGUUGUAGUGAUGAUGAUGAUGCAGGGAUCUCUGCCUCUCCCAUCAUACCAGCUUCCUCCCUCUUCACACUCUGCAUGGCAUCAUAAUUCCACUUCCUGUUUGCCUUCAUUGUUUUGUGUUUCUCAUUGUAGAUGGAGCUCCAGAUCGUCGGUAUUUUCCUUCUACACGUUUGUACUCAUCUCUCUUGUUGCCUUGGUUCUUUUUUUUUUCACGUGGUGGUUUCUGAUGGCUUCGGGGUGCCUACAUAGAGCUCAGCUGACACCUUUAGUUGUAAUGCAAGUACUGCUCUAAUGACAAAAUGGGAAACUUGAAAUACUGUAUGUGGCAGGAUGGCGGGAUAUUGUUACAGUUGGAGAAUUUACAUCAUCUUCUUGCCUAUAAAUGUUUUGUUGCAGGGUAAUGACUUGAUAUUUUUUGUAUUUGUGUCCGUCUUCAGUCUAUCUUAGCUCAGUUUCAGUGGCUUUAGCUGUGCUCAGAUUGUUUGAUUGUUGCUUUAAGGCACAAUCUGUGAUCUAAAGAGGUGGUAUUAUGCUCAUUUUCAGGUUCAAAUUCGUACAUGGACUGGAGUUUCAGAGUGGUGAGUUAUUAAUCUGUAACAAAAGUAUCUUUCAUCCAUAAAGUUAUAACUGUGCAAAAAGCAUAAUACCACCUCUUGAAGACAAAAAGGACUGGAAUCUGCUGUGGCAUUAAUUGACAGUACUUCUUUUUAACCUUUGGUACCCACUGUGAAGCCCACAUGACUUUGAUGAACUGCAAGCACUGGGGAAAAUCAUUCAAUUCCUUGAAAACAAUAUGUUCAAAUUUAUCACAAGGGUUAAAUAACAAGGUCAGUUUAGUUUAGUUCAGUCAGAACACGCGCAAGAUGCGAGCAUUUAAAUCUGAAUUAAUUGUUUUUGGCCACUUGGGAGCAGCGGAACAAGCUGUAAACACAUAAUUACCUUAUUAGCAACGUAUAAAAUUGUUAUAUAUGCCUAUUUACACAUCCAGAAUAUAAGGUUAGCAUUGAAUUUGGGUCCUGUUUCUGGCUGCCUGAAUGUUAAUCCAAUAUUCAGUCUCUUUUUUUUGUUGCUCUGUUUGGUCUUCAUCAACUGCUGAGAAAAAAAUCUGGCUCUUCGGCUUCAAAAUGUUCAUCUAUGUUAACCAGCUACUGGCUGAUUUUGUUUGUCUGCCGCUUUACUUAGUCCAGUACAGUCCAGUCUCUCAUUUAAACCAGGGAGUUUCCUGUUUUGUAGCACCCUUCACACCAUUAUCUGCUCCUUGCUGGGCUCAAGUCACCCAGCCUUUAGCUUACUGUCCUCCAGAUAGAUUCUUUUAAAAGUGCUACUAACAGCCAAAGGUGCGACUCAUACAGCUUUGUCCUCUCUUUAUUUGCUGCACUAAACUGUCCCUCUCCUCCAUUAGUUCCUCUCAUCACAGUGACCAAAAAUUUCACCGCAGCCUGCUCUGUUGAAAGCAGGUGACACACGGUGGAUAAAAUUGAAUUUUUACUCCUACUUGCUUCUCAUUUGCCACUUACCUAACUCUUCCUUUGUAAUGAAGGUGAGUCAGAGGCUAGGUGGAAGACAAAACACACUGCCAGCCACUAUAAUGACGACAUUAAGAGCUCCCUCAUUAGUACAUCUCUGUGCCAAGGACGGAAGUAUACUCUUGAGAAACUCUAAUUGCCCUCCGUGUUUUAUUGCCUGAUGAAAUUGGCCAAAUUCAAAUUCACACUUUUCUCCUGCAGGGUGAAAAUGUUGUUUACGUGCAGCGUGGCCUGUCACAGGUCUGUCCUGAUCUAUUGUGUUCGUCCGGCGUGCUCAGUUCUUUCUCUAGAAAAGACGCUGGCGAGUCCCUGAGGAGUCCUCUUUGUUCAUCAGAUAAUGAGCACAAUUUUCACCAAUUUAGCGAAUGUGAUCAAAGAGCCGGAGCAAAAGAGCGUGGGCUCAGGUGGACCCGGGGACGGGGAGUCUUAGAGGCGGGGGACAGUGUGUGCAGACCUCCUGCUGCUUGAUGAGCAUCCAGGAGAGAACUAGUCCAGACACUCUGACAUCCCACCUGUUAAAAAUAACUGCAUGCUCCGCUUUCAUUCAUUAUCACAUGCAUGGUGUAGUAGCAGUGCUUUUGUAGCAUUUCUGUGGUGAACAUUUACAUUUAAACACAUCUCUGUCUUUAUCAAUGAUGCUUAAACGCUGUUUUUGUUCUGGGACACACUGCACGGUGCUGUGAUGUUUUGCACUGUCCUGAGACUGACUGCAAUUAUGAGGUUCUGACUCGUUAAUAAAAUCGCAGUACUGUAAAUUCUCAAAAAGUAGCUGUAUUUUCCUCACCUGAAGAGGCUUUUUAUUUGACACAGGUUAUAUUUAAGUUUAUUUGCAUUAGUUUGUUGAUGCCAUUUACCUUCCAAAGGUUUAGAGGCCAGAGUCCGUAAACUUCUCAUUUAAGCUUUUAUUGUGAAACAUUUGCUGGAAGUGUCCACUAACAGCAGUUUAAAGGAAGCCCCUGGAGUGUCUGUCACCAAAACACAUUGUGUGCAUCCUUUAGGUUUAACGAGCGCGUUUAGUGCAUUUUUUUCCUCAUAAAACAUUUACCGAUUUUAUUUAUUUUUUUGAUUUGAAAAAUCGUAUAGUUUGCAUUCAUGUUUACUUUCAUCUCGUCAUGUUUUUGUGCACACAAGGUUCAAACAAAACUGGGAAGCACUAAAUACAUUGCUCAAAACUCCACCGGGUACCUUGAACAUGAAGGUGCUGCAAUGCUGAAUCCAUCAGCAUGAAAGAAUCAGUAGCUGUGUCAGUUUCAUCCUCCAGUACAUACUCUUUUUAAGUAGGUUUAAGAAGGUUUAUUUUAUUUCAGAAAACGGAUAAAGGUAAAUAUAUGUUGUCCCACGUGGCAGUGCGUAGAGGAGGAGCAUGAGCUACUCAGAUUGAAAGUAUCUCUACUACUUCUACUUUAUAACACUAAACAAAAAGAUAAUAUAUAAACAAUUUGGGACAGUUUGGUUUCUCUUAUGAAUUUGAAUUUGUUUAAUUGGCAGCAACUCUCCCAAUUCGCAGUUUGAUUUACAUCAGUCGACUGCACAUGGUAACAUACUGAAAGGUUUUGUAGUCAUUUUUUAUUUUAUUUUGCAACCACACUGAAGAAGUGAGAAAAUUAAGUGUACUCAGAGAUGUCAGCUUGUUUAUACAUUUAUCGUAGCUUUUGAGUGUAGUUUGAUGACACUAUUCUCUGACAGUGUAAUCCGCAGGGGAGAUAGAGGAGCUACUCACAGCUGGACAAAAUCAAAAAUGGAGGAUGACUGUGAGGUAGCUCCAGGAAAACUUCAGAGAACAUAGAAACCUUUGAAGAAGUACAUUAAUAUCUCGUAUACGAACUUAAUGAAUAAAUAUAUAUAUAAUAUUACUGCCACUACUCCCUACUGAGGGUACUAAUGCUGUUUGUGCUAAAUGUAGAAAGCUAUUAGUAAAGGGGUUGUUAGUGUAGUUUUUUCCUGGCUGUUAUCCAGUACCCACCAACAUGCUGUUGUUUGAGAAUUUACAGUAUCCACCGAUUAAUGGUUCUGUAAGUAAUAUUUUUUUAAAGGAGUAUUUUUUUUUUCCUCCUUGGAAAACCAUUUCCUAGUGUCAUUACGUCAGGUAGUAACUCACUAAAUAUUGAAUGCUCAGUAUCCCAAAGCUGCACUCAGAACCUCAUAACUCCACACCUGUUGUUUAUUUCUUCUGCUCAGCAAAAAGCACUGAUACUUCUGGUCACAGGUGACUCAUAUUCAGAUUUCAGUAAGCUGUAAUGAGGAAAUAGUUGAGUCCAAUCACUCAUCACAUUACGUGUGUGUAUGUGUGCACUUGUCUGUCCCAGUCAGUGUGCUGUCCAGACGGCAGUGCUAUCUUUAACCUGCUGUUCCUCUCUGGGGAGAUAAUGAAGCAGGUCACAUCCCUCACACAGAUAAAACAGUCAUCAGCCUCCUUCCUCCUCUAAACCUGCAUCAAGAUGAGGUCUUUUCUUUUUUUGUGGGGGGUGUCUGCUUUUCAUACGAAUCCGACUUUGAGUUUUCUGGAUGAGCAUUCGCAUAUUGUCUGUCUGCUUGCAUGUGGGAAUUCCCGUCCUCUUGUCUAUUUGUGGCUCGUGCUCACCUGCUGAGUAAAAUUCUGUCGCUGGGGUUUAACGGGGGCAGGACGUCCGAGUGGAAACUGUCUUUCGAGGGUGAUUAUUGUCACAUCCCAUCAUGAUUCCCCUCUUAACCUCUACGUUUAUCUGAGCGCCCAACAACAGGCUGGUAUUUCUGGAUGAUUCGUUGGUAACAUCCAGUAGGCGAGCAGCUUUUACUGGAACAAGACGCCACUAUUUUUUAAAAAAGUUUUACAGAUUUGAUGCUGGGAGAGAAUCGGAGGAAAUAUUGCUCAUCUUCUUCCUCAUACUCAAAAUGUGUCAGCGGAUGAAUGAAAAAUAUCAAUAAGCCCAUGUAUAUCACUUCCAGCCCUUUAAAAAACUGAUUAUAUUGAGUGUGACGCUGUUGUUUGUGUGUACCUUGCUGAGGUUUCUUUGUUUUUCCCCAUCUAUCGCACUUCUGGAGAGUGAAUACUACGACAUAACUUGUGAACCGUGGAGCUUUCUGUUUCUCUGUUGCAGGUGGUAAACUGCUGGUAUACACAGCUGUAUGUGACUUCUGAUGUUGCCGUGUUGUGUUCUUUUAUUCGGGGUGGGGAUUUGCGUCAGGGCAGCACCUUUUUUUUCCCCCCAGAAUAAGACGUAUCCAGAGAUGCUACUGUACAUGGAAGAGGGUCUUUCAUUGCUUUUGGGUGGGUUUGGAGGGUGGGGGUGGGGGGUUACCUUGGCUACAGCUCCUUGCCCCAUGGGAAGUGAAGUUCUCAGUAUAUUUACACAUCUCUAAAGCCUCUGCUAAAGACUGAUGACUGUUCAUUUAGAGCUCACUGAAUUUCUAUAAAUAUUUUAGAUUGCUCAAACUGAUUAUGUGCAAUUGUAAUGAUGGAAAUUCAAUAAAAAAAGAGGUAUUUUUACACAAUAA